AUGUGGGUGGCUCCAGGUAAUCCAGCGUCCUCACCUCUCGACCAGAGGGAGAGGCAUUCAGCAAAGAUUGUUUUUGAGACACCUGCCUCUCUCUACGCCGUUUGUCUGGACCGUCCAACCCACGGGAAAGCAGCGCCGGUGAGGGCAAGCAGG